AUGUGGAAUAGAGUUAGCCCUGGUAACCCAAUGUGGAAUAGAGUUAGCCCUGGUACCCCAAUGUUGAAGAGAGUAAUCCUUGGUACCCCAAUGUUGAAUAGAGUUUGCCGUGGUACCCCAAUGUUAAAUAGAGUUAGCCCUAGUACCCCAAUGUUGAAUAGAGUUAGCCCUGGUACCCCAAUGUGGAGUAGAAUUAGCCCUGUUACCCCAAUGUGGAAUAGAGUUAGCCUUGUUACACCAAUGUUGAACAGAGUUAGCCCUGGUACCCCAAUGUGGAAUAGAGUUAGCCCUCAUACCCCAAUGUUGAACAGAGUUAGCCCUGGUACCCCAAUGUGGAAGAGAGUUAGCCCUGGUACCCCUGUCUGGAAGAGAGUUAGCCCUGGUACCCCAAUGUAG